AUGCUCUCGUUGGGGCGUGUCACUGGCCAGGGCUCCGCCAGUCGGCGCCUGGCUCUCGGGCUUGCCCAGGCCGGGCGCGUCGGCCGCGACUCCUCCUCCCGCACCAUGGUCGCCGCCGCCGCCGGCAACGCCUCUCUCUUCACGGCCCGUGACCCGGCCCAAGGCCGUGGCCCGGCUCCCACCCUGGCUCGGGCGCACUUCUCCACCUUGGCCCUCGGCAGCGCCAUGCGCGGGGGUCUCCUCACGCAGGAGCAGGCCAUCCGCCGCUUCACCGGCACCGACGCCGGUCUGGCUCGCGCCAUUUGCGCCAUGUACUCCUCCUCCUCCUCGUCCUCGUCCCAGCCGCCCGACAGCUCCGAUGGCGACAAGAAGGACGACCCUCCCAAGGACUUGGAAGCCAAGAAGAAGCACUCCGCCAAGGAGAGCUCCUCUUCCGGCGACGGAUCCGGCUCCGGCUCCGGCUCCUCUUCCGGCUCCUCCUCCGGCUCCGGCUCCGGCUCCAACCAGCAGGACGGCGAUUCGGGCGACAACAAGAAGAAGUCCAACAUGCAGACCCUGCUGGUCGGCCUGAACCUGGCCAUCCUGGCCUACCUGCUGUACUCCCUGUCCUCGGGCAGCGCCCCGACGCAGGAGAUCUCCAUGCAGGACUUCCUGACGCACUACUUCGACAAGGGCCUGGUCGAAAGCAUCAAGGUCAUGGACACCAGUGUCAUGGCCACGAUCAUGGACAUCGGGCACCACGCCGCGCCCCCGGAGAAGCCGGUCGCCGCUGCUGCUGCUGCUGCUGCUGCUGCCGCCGCCGCCGCCGCCACCCCGGCCACUCCCGUGGACCCGGCCAGCCCGGAGGCCGCGAUCGCCGCCCUGGCGGCCCAGUCGGCCACUGCCCCGGACACCGGGGCUGCUGUCGCCGCGGACACCGGGGCUGCUGUCGCUGCUGACUCUGCGGCUGAUUCGGCUGCCCCCGCUGCCGACAAGGAGCGCAGCAUCUUCCCCACCAAGCACACGAUCCACUUUGGCAUCCCCUCGCCGGCGGUCUUUGAGCGUGCCCUGCGCGAGCGCAUGGCCGCCAACCCCAGCUCCCGGCUGCACGACACCCCCAUCAUCUACAACACCAGCGACAAUGAGUCGCCCAUCCUCACCGGGCUCAUGUCCAUCGCCCUGCCGCUGCUGCUCUUCGGUGUGAUCUUCUAUCCGCGCCUCCGCCAGGCCUUCCAGAGUCGCGGCGGUGCUGGCGGCGGCGCCGGCGGCAGCGGCGGCGUCAUGGGCAUGUUCAAUGUCGGCAAGUCCCGGGCCAAGCUCUUCCAGCCGGACACGGUGAAGGUCAAGUUCGCCGAUGUGGCCGGUGUCGAUGAGGCCAAGCAGGAGAUCAUGGAAUUCGUGUCCUUCCUCAAGAACCCGGCCAUCUACCGGGAGCUCGGGGCCAAGAUCCCCCGCGGUGCCCUGCUGACCGGGCCCCCGGGUACCGGUAAGACCCUGCUGGCCAAGGCCACCGCCGGUGAGGCUGGCGUUCCCUUCCUCAGUGUCUCCGGCUCGGAGUUCAUCGAGAUGUAUGUCGGUGUCGGGCCGGCCCGUGUGCGCGAUCUCUUCGAGACCGCCAAGAAGCACACCCCCUGCAUCAUUUUCAUCGAUGAGAUCGACGCCAUCGGCCGGUCGCGCAGCAACCGCCGGAGCCAUUCCAACGACGAGCACGACAGCACCCUCAACCAGAUCCUCGUGGAGAUGGACGGCUUCGACCCGGCCGAUGGCAUCAUUGUCCUGGCCGGUACCAACCGCGCGGACGUCCUGGAUGAUGCCCUCCGCCGGCCUGGGCGCUUCGAUCGCCAGGUCCAUGUCGACUUGCCCGACCUGGCCGGGCGUGAGCAGAUCUUCAAGGUCCAUCUCAAGCCCAUUGCCCUGGAGGGCUCGAUUGACGAUGUGGCAGCCCGCAUGGCGCAGAUGACGCCGCAGUUCUCCGGCGCCGACAUUGCCAACAUCUGUAAUGAGGCCGCCCUCAUCGCCGGUCGCCGGCAUGCGUCGUCCGUCACCCUGGCCGACUUCGAGGCCGCGCACGAGCGUGUCAUCGCCGGUCUGGAGCGCCGGACGCGCGUCCUGUCGGCCAUCGAGCGCCGCGUGGUGGCCUACCACGAGGCAGGCCACGCGGUGGCCGGCUGGUUCCUCGAGCACGCCGACCCGCUGAUGAAGGUGUCCAUUGUUCCGCGCGGCACCCAGGCCCUCGGGUACGCCAUGAACAUGCCGCUGGACCGCUACCUCCUGACCAAGGAGCAGCUCUUCCACCGGAUGUGCAUGACCAUGGGCGGGCGCGCGGCCGAGCAGGUCUUCUUCGGCCAUCGGUCCAGCGGUGCGCAGGAUGACCUGCAGAAGAUCACCCGCACGGCGUAUGCCCAGAUCGCCACCUACGGCAUGUGCCCCACCCUGGGCAACAUCUCCUACCAGCUGCCCCAGGAGGACUCCUUCUCCACCAAGCCCUUCAGUGAGGUGACCUCCACUCUGAUCGAUCGCCAGGCCAAGGCCCUCGUGGACGAGGUGUACGAGCACACCCUGGAGCUGAUCGAGAAGCACCAGGACAAGGUGAAGCUGAUCGCCGAGCGUCUGCUCGAGCGCGAGGUCCUGCGCUUCGGCGAUGUCGUCGACCUGAUUGGGCCGCGGCCGUACGCCGUGCCAAAGGACUUCCACUCGCUGGCCUCCUUCACCGAGACCAAGGACACCGACACCAAGGACGCCGACACCAAGGACACCGAUGGUAGCGCCCCUGGUGCGGAUACUCCCAUGAAGGACACUGCCCCCACGGAUACCCCGGCCGAUGUGGCUGCCGCCGCCUCGGACCCCGCCGCCCCCGCCCCCGGGGAGCAGCAGCAGACCCCCAAGGAGGAGGACGGCACCCAGCAGGAGACCUCCCCGCCCCCGGCCGGCACCACCACCACCAACAACAACAACAACAACAACAACAACAGCCCGCCCCAGUAG